ACGCUCCGUAGUCAAGGAUGCACGGGAACAGAAGGCACAAAGUGACUUUGGGUUGCGAUUGGUUCGCACGUGGUGUUCCCGGAACUCAGCGAGCGCCGCGCGAAGGCUGAAGGGAGCGGGGCGGUCGGACUCUGUCGUGCGGCGGGCGGCACCGGCUACCGGGAGCGCCGACAUGCCUCGGUAUGCGCAGCUGGUCAUGGGCCCGGCAGGCAGCGGGAAGAGCACCUACUGUGCCACCAUGGUCCAGCACUGUGAAGCCCUCAAUCGGUCUGUGCAAGUUGUGAACCUCGAUCCUGCAGCAGAACACUUCAACUAUUCCGUGAUGGCUGACAUCCGGGAACUGAUUGAGGUGGAUGAUGUCAUGGAGGAUGACUCUCUGCGGUUUGGUCCCAAUGGAGGAUUGGUAUUUUGCAUGGAGUACUUUGCCAAUAAUUUUGACUGGCUAGAGAACUGUCUUGGCCACGUAGAGGACGACUAUAUCCUUUUUGACUGUCCAGGUCAGAUUGAGUUGUAUACGCACCUGCCCGUGAUGAAACAGCUGGUCCAACAGCUGGAACAGUGGGAGUUCCGAGUUUGUGGAGUUUUUCUCGUUGAUUCUCAGUUCAUGGUGGAGUCGUUCAAGUUUAUUUCUGGCAUCUUGGCAGCCCUGAGUGCUAUGAUCUCUCUAGAAAUUCCACAAGUUAACAUCAUGACAAAAAUGGAUCUGCUGAGCAAGAAAGCUAAAAAGGAAAUUGAAAAGUUUCUAGACCCAGACAUGUAUUCUUUAUUAGACGAUUCUGCAAGUGACUUAAGAAGCAAAAAAUUCAAAAAAUUGACUAAAGCUAUAUGUGGACUGAUUGAUGACUACAGCAUGGUUCGAUUUUUGCCUUACGAUCAGUCGGAUGAAGAAAGCAUAAACAUUGUGUUACAGCAUAUUGAUUUUGCCAUUCAGUAUGGAGAAGACUUAGAAUUCAAAGAACCAAAGGAACAUGAAGAUGACUCUUCUUCUGUGUUUGAUGAAUAUUUUCAAGGACACCAGAAGGAAUGAAGAAUUUAUCAGAGUAACUAUAUACGUGAAGCACUUGCUACUGAACCAGCAAGACAUUCUUCUCUUAGAGGGAUGCAAUACUAGAAGGCUACCUGUUUUAAUGAAAAAAGCAAUACUUGGCUCUUUAUCAGCAGCAUGCCUGAGUCAAAUUCUAGUUAUUUUGAAAUGGCUGAUGUUUCAAGUGGAAUCUUUUAGUAUUUUAACAACAUCAAUUUAGAUUUUAAAUGUUGAAAUUGACAUGAAUGCACAUAGACUUGUAUAUAAAUGAGCAUCAGUGGUACAGUUAGGACCCAGUCUGCCUUUAUUUUUACUAUUUGAUUUUUAUUAUUUUCGAAGGUUUUUUGGAGAGGCAGGAAUUAUUGUAACAAAAUAUACACCUGUGUCCAAAGGAAAAAAAUCUGGAAGGACAUAGUUAAGACCAUUGCUUAUCUGUAUGUCUGAGUUUUCUUACACUGAAAAUGUAUCAUUUGUGUAAUUAAAAAGUGAAAAGUAAAUGUUUUAAAAUAUAUAUAUGUAGGGGCGCCUGGAUGGCUCAGUCGUUAAAAGAGUCUGCCUUUGGCUCAGGUCAUGAUCCCAGGGUCCUGGGAUUGAGCCCCCCAUUGGGCUCCCUGCUCAGCGGGAAGCCUGCUUCUUCCUCUCCCACUCCCCCUGCUUAUGUUCCCUCUCUCACUGUCUCUCUCAGUCAAAUAAAUAAAAUCUUUUUAAAAAUAAAUAAAUAGUAAAUAAAAAAUAUAUAUGUAUAUAAAUAAAAGAAAUAGAAAGAUAGCACUAACCUUUCAUUACACUCCUGUUUUCCAGUCAGAACUUGAAAUACUCAGGGCAAAUUUUUGAAUGAAUAAAUUUGCCCAGGUGUCAAAAUAUAGUCCUUGAUUUCUUAAAAAUGCAGUUUGUAGAUGCUGAGCAUUUAAAAAUUUACACUUUACUGGAAUAAUAACAGAUGCACACAAAAAUGUCAAGGACAUAAUUUUUUUCUUUUUAAUGUGCACAUUGGUUGAAUUGCUUAUUUUCAGUGUUUUUAAGUUCAGUAGCGUUGGGUGUGAAAGCAUGCAAAGUGGCUAGUCAGUCAACAGAUAUUUCUCUAGCAUCUACCAUGGGCCAGGUCCUGCUAAAACAAAACAGAAUCUAACUUAAUGAGUUAUGCAAGACCUUAUGCUAAGAAAUAUUUUACAUAAUCUCUUUCAUUUAAUCCUCAACGGGACCUAGCUUCAUUGGCCAUUUGGCCCUGGAUCGUCCAGCUAAUACAGUUUAUUUUAUUUUAUUUAUUUAUUUUUUUUAAAGAUUUUAUUUAUUUAUUUGAGAGAGAGAAUGAGACAGAGAGAGAGAGCAUGAGAGGGGGGAGGGUCAGAGGUAGAAGCAGGCUCCCUGCCGAGCAGGGAGCCCGAUGCGGGACUCGAUCCCGGGACUCCAGGAUCAUGACCCGAGCCGAAGGCAGUCGCUUAACCAACUGAGCCACCCAGGCGCCCCAGCUAAUACAGUUUAAGUCCUUAUAGGAAACCCACAGCUCAGGUUAAAUUUUUAAUCAUUCUUGGGCUAGAUAGCAUGAGUACACCUGCAGUGUCCCAUUUGAUCCGUUUUAACUAAAGACAUGCCAAGUGUGAGGAACCAUAGCUAUCAGUGGUGACUUGUGUCUGAGGGCUUAGGCUAGGGGCAAAAGUCAGGUAUUUGCAUCAUGGUCCAUUGGUGUGAGCUGCUGUCAUGGGGGCAAUCAGGAGAGAACAUGAAUGGGCAUCUUGGGAAUGUGCUGUCCUGCUUGGGGGCUCUCCCUGUGGCCCUGAGUACAAAUGGGUGAAAACACCCUGAUCUCCAAGUAUUGCUAAUUCUUAGAAAUUUUAUUGUUAUGGAAGAAAGGAAAGGCAACUUCAUUUGCCCUCGUUGCUCCUAGAGCUAUUCUUCCCUGGUUCAGCUUCUGGAGAGUCUAGUAUGUGCCUCUGGGCAGGAAGUGAAGGGCCAGAUUGAAUUUCCUUCCCCUCUGGACACAGGUUUCAAAGAUGCGUAUGUCUAUUCCAGUCCUCAAGGAAUUCAUUAUCUUGGCAGAGAGCCUGACAUGAUUCUGUGGAAAAAAUUUACUGGUGGGUGCCAGGCACUGGGGAUAAAAUGGGAGCACUCAGAGCAGACAAGGCCUUAUUCUCAUGGAGCUGACAUACAGGGCCCUUGAGACCAUAAGCAAGGAAACCUCGAUAAGGAAUGGGAAGAAAUGAAAACAGUAAUGAAAUGGAGAAUGACUAAGGGACUACUUGGGGCUCAUUGUCAAAAGAAGUUUCCUGAGUGGUACUAUUUGGCCAGAAACCUGAAUGAGAAAUCAUUUGUGGGAACAUAGAGCAGAGUAUUCCAGUCUGAGGGACUGGCAGGAGAAAUAGCCUGAGGUAGCAAUGAACUUGGCUCUUAAGGUGAUGUUGGGGAAGAUAAUCAAGAGGAUGUGACCACUGGUUGAUCCUUGAACUGGGCCCAGGCAGUGGGAGGUUCUUCACCCCUCCCACCCCUCACAGUGGGAGAUGUUCCAAGGACACAGUCUGGAGAGAAUAAGGUGUUGAGACCACUGGAUGUGACUGAACCCAGUUAAGGCCUCCAUAUAAACUUAAAAGAUUCUGGCAGGUAGGUGGGUGGAGAGAUCUACUCUUGCCUCGCCAGAGAUAAUGUUAGGAGUUAGUUGGACAGUUAGGUAGUCAGGGCCAGGGUUCCCAACAAGAAAAUAUGGAGUCAGGACAGCUAAAAUAAAACAGCACUGACAUCCUGUUUGCAGCUUAGGACCACACUGACAUUCUGCUUUGCAGCCUUUGCAGAAAUGACUUAUGCAAAAUGUCCUAAAACAAAACAAUUAACCACAAAAGCAUUUGUCAAUAUCACAGGCAAGGGGCAAGUAAGACAAACUCCCAGAUGUCAGAAAAAAAAAAAAGACCAGCACGUGGACAUUAAACCUAAUAGGUAUACAGACACAAAAGAGCUCAUAAAACACCUAAACGUAGAAACUCCGAGAGCAACCCACUUCUGUCCCUCUCCCUCCCCUCUCCGGGAGCUUUGUUCUCUUGCUCAAUAAACUUUGCUGC